AUGGCAGCGGCUUCAAAAGAAGUUCCAUUAUCACCAUUAGGUAAUGCUGUCGCAGGAGCUUUAGGUGCUUUAUUCGCGUUGUCCAUAACUUAUCCGCUGGACAUUAUAAAAACUCGACUUCAAGUACAAUCAAAAAGUACACAUGCCUCUGAAUACUACGAGUCAACAAUAGAUGCGAUUGUUAAAAUAUUUAAAUCCGAAGGAAUACUUGGUCUUUAUACGGGAUUGCCUUCCGGUCUUAUCGGAGUAGCCUCAACAAACUUUGCAUAUUUUUAUUGGUACUCUUUCAUUCGUACUCGCUAUCAACAAGCACGUUCUACGACGUCUUUAUCUACUGCUGAAGAGCUCACACUCGGUGCCCUUGCAGGUGCACUCGCUCAAAUUUUUACAAUUCCUGUGUCUGUUGUAACUACACGACAACAAACUUCGACUAUCAAUGAACGUAAAAGCCUUACUAAUACUGCAAAAGAAAUUGUUUCUGAAGAUGGAGUCACUGGAUUAUGGAAAGGAUUGGGUCCAUCAUUGGUAUUAUGUGCCAACCCUGCUAUAACCUAUGGUGCUUUUGAGAGAUUCAAAGAUAUAAUGCUAAAGAAAAACUAUAACCUUACACCUGGUCUAAUCUUUUGGUUGGGUGCCCUCAGUAAAACUAUUGCUACUGUGGUUACUUACCCGUACAUUAUGGCAAAAGUAAGGUUACAAUGGAAACCGCCAAAAGAACAGACAGAGGACGAAAAAGAUAAACAAAUUCUUGAUGAUUAUAAUGAUGAUCAAAUCAGAAAAACUGGUACUAGAACGUUUAAUAAUUCGAGGAAACCUUACAAUAAUAAAAAUAAAACUGCAAUUGGUGUACUGAUAAGCGUUCUAAAAUCUGAUGGGUUCUUCGGAUGGUACACGGGAAUGCAAGCUCAGAUUUUAAAAGCUGUGCUUUCUCAAGCGAUACUUUUCUAUGCUAAAGAAUAUACUACUCGAUAUACUAUUCUUCUAUUCGCACUUAUUAGCCGUUUGGGAAGUAAUCGCAAACUCAUAGUUAAGUCUACAUAA